AUGGAUUUUCAAAAUCGUGCAGGAGGCAAAACUGGAUCUGGUGGACAAGCCAGUUGGUCUGAAAGUAAUCGUGAUAGACGAGAACGUCUUAGACAGCUUGCUCUUGAGACAAUUGAUCUUGCAAAAGAUCCAUAUUUUAUGAAAAAUCAUCUUGGAUCUUAUGAGUGUAAAUUAUGCUUAACACUCCAUAAUAACGAAGGAAGUUACUUGGCACAUACACAAGGAAAGAAGCAUCAAGCAAAUCUUGCAAGACGUGCUGCUAAGGAAGCUAAAGAAGCUCCAUCAAUUCAACCUGAGAAGCCACGAGUUGAACCGAAAAAGUUCGUUAAAAUUGGACGUCCUGGUUAUCGAGUAACGAAGCAAAGAGAUCCAGAGAAUAUGCAGCAAUCCCUUUUGUUCCAAAUUGAUUAUCCAGAAAUCACUGAAAACAUCUUUCCAAGACAUCGUUUUAUGUCAGCUUAUGAACAAAAGAUUGAGCCACCAGAUCGUAAAUGGCAGUACUUAUUAUUUGCUGCUGAGCCAUAUGAAACGAUUGCAUUUAAAGUCCCAAGUCGUGAGAUUGAGAAAUCAGAAGGAAAGUUUUGGACUUAUUGGAAUAAAGACACGAAGCAAUUCUUCCUGCAAUUAUCAUUCAAAUUGGAUAGCAAAAUGCCAAUGAGACCACCUCAAAUGCAACGUCAAUUUGGAUAUAAAAUGGCAGUCAGACCAGCAUUCAAACCCAAAAUUGUAAAGAAGCGCACGAAGCACUUCAUUCGCCAUCAAUCGGACAGAUAUGACAAAGUCAAGCCAAGCUGGCGUAAGCCAAAAGGUAUUGACAAUCGAGUUCGUCGUCGUUUUAAGGGACAGUACUUGAUGCCAAAUAUCGGUUAUGGAUCAAAUGCCAAGACCCGUCAUAUGCUCCCUAAUGGCUUCAAGAAAUUCAUUGUCAACAAUGUUCGUGAACUUGAGGUUCUCAUGAUGCAAAACCGUGUAUAUUGUGCUGAAGUCGCUCAUGCUGUUAGUGCUAAGACACGCAAAUUGAUCUGCGAACGAGCAAAGCAAUUGGGAAUUCGUGUAACAAACUUCCACGCCAGAAUGCGCUCACAAGAAAAUGAGUAA